CAUGUGGCUGCGCUAUGUGUCAGUCAAUUGCACUGGUGACUUCAAUAACCCGUGCGAGAGUGUGCGUGUGUUAUGUACCUAGCUGUAGUAGCUAGUGGUGGCUAUGGACUCCACUCUUCGUAAUAAGCAGACCGUGCGACCUGCCCUUCCCUGUCUCCGAUAGAGGAGUCAUGAGCCGCUUUCUUCGCGUCAGGGACUCGUCUUCCGUUUUGAGCCGUAGACACCAGCCUUGAAACACCGCCUUCUCUAUCGCAACCGGACCGGCCAGUGCCGAAGGGGACGUGGAAUAGUAGCUAGAGACGCCCGGUGCCGAUUGUUUAAAGCCAGGAGGGUCUAUCACAGCGGCAACGGCGUUGAGGUUCACGAUAAAGGCGACUUCGGGGCACGUCUGCUGGCCGUCACUUUUUUGACAUCGGCCUCGCUUAGAUACAGCGGAAUGAGGGUGGCGUGCGGUCAGUGAGGAGUCCCGUUAGGCAGCAUGCUCCUCCGCAUCAGCCGAGCCUCCGCCUGAGGGGUCUCCGUAGGUGGUGUGAGCUUCGCUGAGGACCACAGCAGACUGCAGCGGAUUUAAAACACCUCCCCCACCCCGCCCCCUUUCUUUUGCCCCAGCCAAUCAAAUGCACAAGGAAAAUAAACUAACCAACCAUGGCAAGCAAGUUAUCAGCAGCGCCCAAUCCCAGGUCCCCAAUGUGAACCAGCAGCAGCCCGGACCUGCCUGCAACCUGGGGUCCAAGGGGGUGGGGGCGGGGAAUCAUGGGACCAAGGCCAAUCAGAUCUCCCCGGGAAACCCGGGGCUGAAGAGCGCCAGCCAAUCGAGCAGCGGCGUUGGGGGGCCGCUGAAGGGCAAGACGAAGAGGGAGAGGAGCGUGUCCAUGGACUCCGGAGAGCUGAGAGACGCUCUGGGCCCUGCCCUCGAACCCGACGCCAAAGUAGAGGGCGUGAUGCGCAGCAAGCGCCGCUGCGUCCUGGAGAAGAAGCAGCCGUACAGCGGGGACGAGUGGUGCUCCGGCGGGGACACCGAGGAAGAGGAGGAGAAGCCGCCCGCCGCCCCCCACCGUCCCGGGCAGUCCCUCCCUGGCCCCUCCCCCAUGGGCCCCAUCAGCGAAUCAGCCGGUCCUGUAGUGGGGCGUGGCAUGGGGCCCAGCCUGCGCUCGGAGCUCGCCUCCCUGCCCCGCCCCCCUCAGCAGGUGGUGUACGUCUUCACCACCAACCUGGCCAAUCGUGCGGCGGAGGCGGUGAUCCACGGCCACGCUGACUCCAUCCUCCUCUUCCACCAGCAGAACGUCCCUCGCACCAAACUGGACCAGUGUGUCUCCAGUGGGAAGCUCCCCAGCCUGGCAGAGCAGCUGAGCUCAGGCACUACCCCUCCAACAGGCACCCCCAAAUCCCAGAGUGGCACGCCCCGCCCAGCGUCUGUGGGAGGGGGGGCCGGGGGUCACCAGCACCCCGCGGGGACCCCGUCCUCCACGGGCCACCCCGAGGACGAGGCCCUCCAGCCCAGACCCGGAGGGGCCCCCAACUCCAACAGCAGCGGCGGCCCCGGGCCUCACCCGUCAGGGGCCAACCCUGCAGCGGCAGGGGGCCGCUCCGGAGGGCCCGACGGGCCGGGACUGCUCCCCCAGGCCGGCUCCGGGGCCUCCCCGUCCACUAGCCCCGGGGCGGCCCCCGGUGGGCACCUCCUGGGCGAGGCGCGGGAGGGCCCCAGGAGCACGGAGGGGCUGUCCCAGGAGCAGCUGGAGCACCGGGAGCGGUCCCUGCAGACGCUGCGCGACAUCGAGCGGCUGCUGCUCCGCGGGGCCACCGGGGGGCCGGGGGACCCCGCGGGCCCCAACGGGAACCCCGGCGCCGCGAGCGCCAACGGAAACAACAUCGCCGCCGGCAACAACGGGGCCGGAAGCCUCGACGGCAACGCCGGGCGCGGCGGCAACCCCGGGAACUGCAACAGCAAUAACGCGCCUCUGGCUCCCCCUCCUGGCGGCAUGAAGAAGUACGAAGAGCCGCUGCAGUCCAUGAUCUCGCAGACGCAGAGCCUGGGGGGGCCGGGAAUGGACGAGCCCCACAUGGGGCCCCACCCGGGUCUGCCCCACCUGCACAACCCCUCCCACCCGCACCCGCACCCGCAUCCCCACCACCACCCCCACCUCUCGCCCUCCGGCCUGGACAUGGGGCCCCUGCUGGGGCCUGACGGGCUGACCCCCGAGCAGGUGGCCUGGAGGAAGCUCCAGGAGGAGUACUACCAGGAGAAGCGGCGGCAGCAGGAGAUGCACCCGCACCACCACCACCGGAUGAUGGCCGACAUGGGCAUGAUGCGGGCCCCGCCCCCGCCCUACCACAGCAAGCCCGGCGAGCCGCAGUGGGGGCCGGGGCCCAUGAUGGGAGGGGGCGGGAACGGACGCUUGAUAGACAUGCACCAGGAGGGGCCCCGGGGCCCGAGGUUCCUCGGACAGAUGCAGAGAGGCCCCCCCGGUGGCGGGGGCGGGAGUUACCCUGGAGGAGUGUUACCCAUGGAAGCGAUGGGACACCAGAGGCCUCCCCGACCGGGUAUGGGCUGGCCGGACGACAUCAUCCCCCCUAACAUGGGAGGCGGGGGAGGAGGGGGCGGGCCGUUUCAGGGCUGCUACCCUCCGGGCGGACCGCCCCAGCACCUGCAGGGGGACCCCGACCGCCUCCUGCCCCCUCAGCGGGAGGAGUUAUUCCGGGCGCUGGAGAAACGCCAGCUCCAGGGCCUCCACCGAAUGGAGCUGGACCGACUGGCUAAGCAGCAGCAGGGCGCCUUCCCCAAUUCCGGCAUGGGCGGAGGUCCUCCCCCGCCCAGGGGCGACCCCAUGGACUUCCCCAGCUCUCGAGGGAUGAUGGGGUCUCCGAUGGGCGGGCCUCCCCCCGGGAGGGAGCUGGUGGAGAUGAACAUGAACCCGAACAUGAACCUGGGCCUCCAGAUGAGCGCCCAGCAGCAGCAGCAGAUGAUGCUGGUGCAGAAGCUACGUGGCGUGGGGCCGGAGGGAGGGGAAGGCAUGCUGACCCCGGAGGAGAUCUCUCGGAUCAGGGCGGCGCAGAACGGCGGCGGGGGUGGGAUGCUGGCCAAUAAAAUGAUCUCAGGAGGGGGAGGGGGACCUAUGCCGUUCCCCAACCAGGGCCCGUUCCCAGGGGGACACCCGGGGGGUGGGUACCUCCCUCAGGAGCCCGGUCCGGACAUGUUCAGGCCCGACCAGCAGGGCCUGUCUCCCAUGGGCGGGACAUCCCGGUUGAGCCACAUGCCCGUGAACUCUGGCCCAAGGGGCACUGACCUGGGCCCCCGUUGCUCCUCCGAACUCUCCCUCAACAUCAACCCAAUGGGCUCCCCGGCCCUGCCCCCUCCUCACCAGCUGAAGUCCCCCUCCCUCAGUCAGGCGCCGUCCCCCCUGAUGCCCUCACCGUCUGCUCCGAGCCUCAAAUCCCCCCAGAUCCCCUCAACCGGCCCGCCUCCACCCCCACUCCCGCCGGCCACGAGUGGCGCUGGGACCCCGUCGUCCUCUAUCAAGUCUCCUCAAGUCAUGGGCGCUUCCCUGGGGCUGCACUCUCCUUCCGGCUCUCCCGGGCAUCUCAAAUCUCCAGCCAUGCCCAUCGCUUCCCCUGGAUGGGCGGCCUCUCCCAAGACCGCCCUGCCCAGUCCAGGUGGGCCGGUCGGGGUCAAGGGAACUGGCAAUGGGGGAAGCAGCUCUACCGAUACUGGCCCCUCGUUGCCGCCUAGGAGUACGAACUCAACUCCCAUCAGCCAGCCUGGCUCCAUGAAUCCCAGCAUGCCGUUCAACUCGUCUCCAGAUGCCCCUCCGUCCCAGAAUCCCCUGUCUCUUAUCAUGUCCCAGAUGUCCAGAUAUGCCAUGCCCAGCUCUACUCCCCUGUACCAUGACGCGAUUAAGACCAUCGCCACCUCUGAUGAUGAGAUGAUGCCAGAUCGGCCCAUGAUGCCUGGAGCCAACAUGGCAGUUUUCCCAGCAACUGGGACCUUCAGAUGCAGUGCUUGCAGUGUGGGCUGCAUGGACUCAAUUACUCGCAGAAAUGUGUCAGCUCGGCUUGCAGUCACCACCCACCUACUCUCUCCUACUGGAAACAUGGGAAACCAUCAGUCCUCCCAGAUGCUCCUCACGCCCCAGAAUUCCAUGGGCCCCCACAGCGGGUCGCAGAGUCCCAUGGGGAUGGUCCUCCACGGUCAGCCGCAGCUAUCCCACGAUCCCUCUGGACCCAUGUUACAUUCCCCAAACCCCAUGGGCAUGCCCGGGAUGAACCCGGCGAUGAUGGGGGGCGGAGGAGGGGGGGGCCCGGACGGGAUGGGGCCUUGCAACAUCUCCCCGAUGCUUCCACAAAACCAGAUGGGCGCCUUCCCCCGAAUGCAGCCCCCUCCACACGGGCUCCUGCACUCCCCGAACCCCGGGAUGCCCCAGCAGUUCCACCCGUCCCCUGAGGACGUGGGCAUCCCACACCACCAGCUGCACCUCCUUAAGGGCCUGUCCCACCAGAGGGGCCCCCACCCCCAGGACCCCUUCCCCUCCAUGUCCAUGGGAGACGGGCCGGACCUGAGCGACGUCAUCCGUCCCACGCCCACGGGGAUCCCCGAAUUCGACCUGUCCCGGAUCAUCCCCUCCGACAAGCCCAGCAGCACCCUGCAGUACUUCCCCAAAAGCGAGGCCAUGCCCGGCUCGGGCCCCAACCCCCACCCCCACCCCCACCAGGGCCAGCAGCCCCCUCCGCCCCCGCCCCAUCUCCUCAAGCAGCACCCGUCGGCGGGCCCGCCCAACAGCUCGGCCCCCUCCUCCAACCCCCACAUCGCCAACCUCCAGAAUAUGAUGGCGGAGCAGCAGCUGCCCCCGCCCCAGCACCCGUCCCACCUGGAGAUGCGCUCGGGCUUGGGCCUGCCUCAGGGCGGGCCCCGGGGGAUGGGGCCCGGAGGGGGCAUGGGGCCCAUGUGCCACCCGGGUCACAUGAUGGGCAGGACAGCCAUGAUGUCCCACAGUUCCUUGCAGCAGCAGCACCUCCACCAACAGCAGCAGCAGCAGCAGCAAGCCAUGAUGGCCAACAGCCUCCUCCACCACCCCUCCCACCCGCACCCCCACGCCCACCCGCACCCAGCCAUGAUGUCGCCCCAGCCCCACCCACAGAACCUCAUGUCCCAGCAGAGCCUGAUGAUGAUGCAGGCCAAGCAGCGGGGCAUGGCUGUCCAUGGGGACCCCUACGGCCAGCAGGGGCCCAUGAUGGGCCCCCCGCACCCACAGGCGGGCAUGUUGGGCCCCCAGCCAGGCAGGCAGCGGGGCAUGCCUCUGGAGGGCCCCAUGCGCUAUGGCCCCGGAAGCAUGGCGAACAUGCCCUUCUGAACCGGCCCCACCCCCUGCUGCUGUACAAAAACCUUGUUUCCUCUAGGUUCAUUUUCACAAUGACGUUCUGUUCUUAUUAAUGUUAUUAAUAUUAUUAUUAUUCCUAUUGCAAAUCUGUACCAUUACUGCUAUCGUUCAUAUUGUUUUACGUUUCGGAGCGAAACCGAAAAAAGGCGGUUCAAAAAAAGAAUAAAAAAGAAAAAAUGUUGAUCGCUUUUUGAAUAUCGAGGAGCGGUGGUGACAAAUAGUGUAACAAUAAAUCAAAUCUUAUCAAAGCCAUUUCUUUUUUAUACAUGUAAAAUAUGUACAUUUCACAGAUGGUGCUGUCGGUGGAGGGUGGGAGGGGACAGGAACGCAGACUUUAAAUUUAGAUCUAUUUUCGUUUUAUUCGGAUUCUUCUUUUUCUCCUCUGGCUACCGAACUGUUGUGCAAGGGAUUAUUAUAUAGGUGCUGUAAAUAAGAUGCGAUUUGUGAUUGUUUGCAAAUGUUCUGUAUUACUGUGUUUUAAUAGAAGCUCAAAAAUGAAAAGCUGUCUGUGAA